ACCGCUCGUCCUUUGCGCAAGCGUCAUAUUCCUCGCUGACCAGCAUAAAAUGGACCUUGAGCUGAGACUCGGGCAACAGUUCGCAUUGAGGUACGGCCGAGAUGAAGUCUCUAACGCUAUUGGCUUUUUUGUUUUGGCUGCUCUGCUCCUGUUUCCUGGCUGCCGAGAGCAGCGUGGCCACCGGCAAGGAUACCUGGCUGCGUCCCGGCUGCCAUAAGGUGGGCAACACGCGUAAGAUAUCCAUACCGGACUGUGUCGAGUUUACGAUUACAACGAACGCUUGCCGUGGCUUUUGUGAAUCGUAUGCAGUGCCAUCGGUACCAUCUGUGUUGACGGGCGUAUUUCGACCACCCAAGCCUGUCGUAUCCGUGGGUCAGUGCUGCAAUAUGAUGAAAUCCGAAGAGAUACAACGUCGCGUGCUUUGCAUCGAGGGCAUACGGAAUGUGACCUUUAAGAGCGCCGUCUCCUGCAGCUGCUAUCACUGCAAAAAGGACUAGAGAAUCCACCAAAUUAU